AUGGCUUCCGAAGGUGCUUCAUGGGGAGGAGAGGAUACUGGCGCGCCGGGUUUUCAAGUUCAGCAUAGCGAGGAACAAGUUGAUAACUACGCUCAAGACUCUCUUGCCUCUGGUGACGCUGAUACAGCAGAUAAUGGUACAGAAGAUGAUGGGGGAGAAUAUGAUCCAGAGUCAGUCACCAUUGGUACACCUGCGCCGGUUGCUGAACAAUCUGCGGCCACUGCUCAACGUCAACCGUCCAAGCCCAAGAUGUCAGGGGGCUUUAUUGUUGAAGCAUCCGAUGACGAGGAUGAGGGUGAAGAUGAAGCUGACCAGCCUUCCAAUACUGCUCCUCAAUCGGAAGAAGUGCCCUCGCUCCCCCAUCCUGGCCGUUCCACUGCAUCUGAUGAACCCGCUCAGCCAGCUCCAACCCAUACACCUGUCCCUCCUGCUGUUCCUUCCAAUGUGACUCCAGCUUUGGCUGGUCUCGAUCCUGUUGCUCUCCUCGAGGCUCGUGUUAAAGAGGACCCUCGUGGGGAUAUGGAUGCUUGGCUUAACUUGAUCGCCGACCAUAGACGCUCAAGCCGACUUGAUCAGGCUCGAAGUACCUAUAAUCGUUUUCUCGAAAUAUUUCCACAAGCUGCUGACGUCUGGGUCGAAUGGAUCGAGAUGGAGCUUGGUCUCGACAACUUUGUCGAUGCUGAACAGCUUUUUGGAAGAUGUCUGAUGACUGUACCCAAUGUCAAGCUGUGGACAGUCUAUCUCAACUAUAUUCGCCGUCGCAACGAUCUCAACAAUGAUCCUUCGGGUCAAGCUCGCCGAACUAUUACCCAGUCCUAUGAGUUUGUCAUCGACAACAUUGGUGUGGACCGAGAUUCCGGCAAUAUCUGGCAAGAUUAUGUCCAGUUCGUCAAAAACGGCCCCGGCCAAAUCGGCGGUACAGGUUGGCAGGACCAACAAAAGAUGGAUCAAUUGCGCAAGGUAUAUCAACGCGCUAUUUCCGUGCCUAUGUUGACCGUCAACAAUCUCUGGAAGGAGUAUGACCAGUUCGAGAUGGGACUGAAUAAGAUGACUGGACGCAAAUUCAUACAAGAGCGCUCGCCAGGCUAUAUGUCGGCCAAGAGUGCCAAUAUUGCUUUGGACAACAUCACCCGGCACCUCAGACGCACUAAUCUUCCCAGGUUACCGCCAGCUCCAGGCUUUGAUGGGGACCAGGAAUUCAGAGACCAGGUCGAACUGUGGAAGAAGUGGAUCGCUUGGGAGAAAGAGGAUCCCCUUGUCUUGAAAACCGACGAGCCCAAAACAUACAACCAACGGGUACUCUAUGUCUACAAGCAAGCGUUGAUGGCACUCCGUUUCUGGCCUGAGAUCUGGGUUGAUGCGGCAGAGUGGUGUUUCCAAAACGACAUCCGGGAAAACGACAAAGAAUUGGGCACAGAAUUGCUGCUUGAAGGCAUUCGAGCAAACCGUGAAAGUGUUUUGCUCGCCUUGAAACACGCAGACCACAUUGAAGUCAACUAUCCUGGCAAAGAGGUCGACAAGGCCGAGUUUGCCCAGGCUGUCCGAAAGCCAUACGAUGAUGUUCUCGAAACAUUGUACGAAAUGGGUGACAAAGUCAAAGAGCGGGAGAAGUUGGAGGUCUCUACAUUGAGACAGGCCGCCGCACAAGAUCUGGUUCAAGCUUCCAUCGAACACAAUGAUGACGACGACGACGAGGAAGACAGCAAGCCUAAGCGUUCGCCCAUGGAAGAACGCAUUCUUGCAAUCCAGAGAGGAUACGCUGCUGAAACACAACUUCUGUCCCGUACGAUUUCCUAUGUCUGGAUUGCUCUCGCAAGGGCCAUGCGCCGCAUUCAAGGCAAAGGCAAUCAGUCAGAAGGUGGUUUGCGCAAAGUCUUCACUGAUGCACGCCAGAAGGGACGACUCACAAGCGAUGUCUACGUAGCCGUUGCUCUUCUUGAGUCUGUUGUCUACAAGGAUCCUGUAGGCGCCAAGAUCUUCGAAAGAGGCGCCCGUCUGUUCCCCAACGAUGAGAUGUUCAUGAUAGAAUACUUGAAGUAUCUUCAUUCCAAGGAUGACACGACUAAUGCGCGAGCCGUAUUCGAGACUUGUGUCACCCGACUGGUUUCCAAACCAGAGACUCUAGCAAAGGCAAAGCCGCUUUACGCUUAUUUCCACAAGUACGAAUCGCAGUAUGGCGAGCUAUCGCAAAUCUCAAAGCUGGAGGACCGGAUGGCAGAACUCUUCCCUGAGGACCCCAAACUGAAGUCUUUUGUUGCCAGGUUUUCAUCCGACAAGUUUGACCCAAUUGCUGCCCCCAUUAUCAUUUCGAAGGCAGUGCAAAUGAGGCCAAAGCAAGUCAUGCCCACUAUGGUCGAGCAGCCUAUCUCGCUGCGAAACAGCCCCAUGCCAGCGCGACAAGAACAGAGUCCCCGUCCUCAGUAUGUUCGGGCAACUGCUUCUCCAAAACGGCCUCUUGCCGUAGACGAUGAUGAGCUUAACCCCCCAAAACGACUCGCUAGAGGAGUGUCACCUCUCAAGGGUGCAGCGGGCCGCCGCCUUGACCAGCAGCGCCGGAACCAAGCAUCAGCGUUACACAGGGAUAUCACUUUCCUUCUUAAUAUCCUUCCCCCUUCUCAGAGCUUUGACGCACAGCGCGUUAACCCCACGGCCAUGGUCUCCAUUCUCCGAGACGUCCAACUUCCUGAUGCCGCCACAUUGAAAGCUACAGGUGGUGGCCAGGCACGCUUUGGUAAUCCCCCCCACACUAGACAACCUUCGGGCGAGUUCGGCAGCAGGCCGCUGAGCCCAUACGGAAGAGUGGCGUCUGCAGCCGGCGGGUAUAGGAACUCGCCGCUGCGGCCGGAGAGUGGAAAUACCUUCCAAGCCAACCCCUAUCCUCCUCCUGACCCGAACGGCCAACUGCCCAUGUGGCCGCAGGUACCUGGUGGCUACGGCGCACCGGCACCAGGGCAGUUUGGAGGAUAUCGAUUUCAAUAAGAAACCACUCGAGAAGAUGCCAAUGAUCGAUGACAAGGGAUCUUGGGCUGUAGACAACAUGAUCUAAUUAUACCGGUGAAAAGGGGGUUUUGGAUGACGUUGAGGGCUGUGCUGGGAUUGUCUUUGCCUCGCGCGUUAUGCAUGGUAUGGCGUUUGGGGGAAUGAGACAUCAGAAGUGGUGGGUGACAUUGAUAUUUCGUUUGUUGAGAGGAUGAGAUGCAGCAAUAUUAUCUGCUUACUCAAUUGGUAUCAAACAACUUCAAUAACCUUUUAUAAUUGACUCGAGUCCUGGAAUAUGUACA